AUGCUCUUUCCCACCCUUGUGGUUAAUGUCCAGGAACUGCAGAAGAAAUGCAGGGAUCUCCAGAGGUCACUUCAUCCAGAUUACUUUAGCCAGAAGCCACAGUUUGAGCGGGAUAUUUCUAAUCAACAAUCUUCUUUAGUUAAUAAGGCGUACAAUGCGUUUCUGUCUCCAUUAAGCAGAGGAAUAUAUCUGUUAGGUCUUCGUGGCAUUACUUUUACAGAAGGGACAGAGGGAGGCAUAGAUGCACCAUUUCUGUUUGAAAUCCUAGAAGUCAAUGAACAGCUUAAUGAAGCAACAGCCGAUACUGAAAUUGAACAAAUAAGUAACAUUGUACAAGAAAAAUGUCAGAUGUUGACUAAAAAUAUCAAAGAAGCCUUUCAGAAAGCAUUACCUCAGAUUUCUAAAGAAAGUGUGUGUCCUUAA